AUUCUGCAGCCUGACCUCCGACUAUAUCUUUAUGUAAUCGUCAGAGAAAUGGGCCAUUUUCUACCAUUCAUUUCUUUGAGAAUUACAUUAGAAGAUACCUCAGGAAUUUCAGGGCUAUUGAACGAAAGCAGUUGUAGGCCCAAUAAGACAAAUGGCUCACUAAAAUUUCAAAGAAACGUUGCGUACGUUUUUUUCUGCCCACUAUUCCCACGAUGUGACAGAAUCUACAAUUUUCCGGUAAGCUGCAUAUACAAGUCUGCUUGUAGCAUGGGUCCGUGGAAGAAUGUGCCAUAUGCAUUACAGGAACACCAUGGUGGGUGGACAUUCUGAAGGAGGGAAACUGGAAUUCCAUCGAAAGAGCAAAGUGGACCACGUUCGGAGAAACUUAUUCGGCCCCGUUGAUCACGAGCAGCUACAGCAAGAUUUUCAGCAUUUACUGCGGGCCAAUAUUGAAGCUGCCGGACAAAAAUGGAACUAUGACUUCGGUCGGGAAGUUCCGUCGGAAGGGACCCUUGAAUGGGAAGAAUUGAAAUGCCACGAUGUUCCAGCUUUUUACAGGAGCCGUGUUAUCAGCAAAGGGAAACACGCGUGUGGGGUUCAGGAGCCUGUGGUGGACAGGAGGAGCUGUGAGCAGGCAGUGCCCCAGAGUAAGCUAUUCAAAGCUCAACUGAACCCUGAGUCCAAGAGAAGGAAACAAACCCGCAUCACAGAUUACUAUUCGACAAAGAAGAGAUAUACAUGCCCAAUCCACCACAGCAGAAAAAAGUAGCAUUACAGAACGGAAGACCUAGAGAUGAUUUCAAGGGACUAAACAUCACUUGGAAUAAAACUGCCUUGGGUUCAUGAAGAAAAUGUAUUAUGAAAAUAUUUUAUAUGCAAACCUUUUUGUUCAGCUAUAGCUGAUAUACAAAUUGGAUGUUAAAAUGAAUCACAAUUCAGGUACGAAUUACACUAAACAAAACAAUUGUUGAGCAGUAGACGGAGACUCUAAUCAUUGAACAGCUCAUUCUAUUUUGACAUUGGAUUUCUGGAUUUAAUUUUUCUGAACUUCUGUUGCAUGCUAAAAACAAAGUCUAAAACUUGCAGAAGGAAACGAUUAACUGAGCUCUCACACCCUGACUGUUGCUGUUUGUAUCACAAAAUGAUUCCCAUAUUUUCUACUGUGUGCUGAUUUUGUGUGCAGAAUGAAUUUUUUAGUAGCUGUUUCUUCAGUGAAUAUUGAUAUAUAUUCUGUAUUUUUUGUUCUUAUUUUGAAAUAGUCUUCUUUUGCAGUCUUUGAGUGAGUUUCUACCUUCAAAUAAACACAGUGUAUUGCCCAGCUACAAUGCGCUAAGGGAUUGUACUGUUGACAUUGUCAACACUGUGUUCAAAUCACAAAUAUCAUAAUAUUAGCUAAGGAUCAAUAACUCCCAACAUCUGCUUUUAUACUGAAAAUGAAAUUAGGUAGAUUCCCCUCGGAUAAUCAUGAAACCUGUUUGGUUCAGAAAUGCAAAUUUGUAGACUGUCCACUAGAUCGCAGUGGAGCAGGAAUCAAGAAAUUGGAAAAAGUAUCACAUCUCACUACACCAUGAAAUGUAACUGGGUGAAUAGCUUGCCCAGAAUUUUUGGGAGUCCGAUCUUUUUUUUUGUCAUCUCUGUUGUCUUUUGUAAAUCUAACUUGUUUGAAUUUUGCUUGAGGAUUAUUGAUUUAUCCCAUAUUUAGAUUUCUCUUAUCCAGUUCAUCUGUGUUACUUAGCUGUGCAGAAGUUUUGUUGAGACAGAUGCCAAGAAGAUUUUACUGUGUUAGCUAUAAACCGGGCAGAAAAUCGUGAGAUCUGAUUUGUCCCUUUUUUGCUAUCAGCAGAGGCAUUAUCCAUUUCCUUUUUUGUUAUUGAAGUGAUUUUGCCUUGCUCAUCUAAAGCAAACAAGUAUCCCACAGCUUCCAUGGAAAAUUGUUUUGCAGGAGUUUAGAUGACAAAUUCAAGCAAUAAAAAGGAGUCUCAUAGAAAAUAUGCAAUAUCAGAAUUUGCAAUUACUUAUUUAGAUCAGCCUUACAGCCAUAGCCUGUGGAAUCCCAACUCCCAUUUUGUGUCAUGCGUGGAGAUCGAUUUGUCAGAGAAGGUGUGCAGCUUGUGGAUGUAUAAUUUGUGUCAAUUUGGUUGGGCUAAUAUUUGCUCUAGUCCAAUGUUUGGGUAUGUAAAUUAUAUAGACAUUUAUAAUGAGAGGAAUAAUAACAGCCUUUUCUGUUGCUGAGACAGCCCUCUCUGCUUGUCAUCCUGUAAAGAAUGACUAAUGACCUGAUUUGUUAAACAUGCCUUUUAUCAUUUUUGUUUUAAUCAGUGAAUGCAAACUUUAUAUGAUGUUCAUUUGGUUAUUCUAAUGUCUAAAAGAUUAGGUCUUCUAUGUAUCUUUUCCCAGACUAUGCUAAUGAAGAAAUUUUCAAUCUACCAUCUGGUCAGGUAACUGAGUAUUUAUAUUAUAUAGGUGUUUUCCCCUAAGUGAGGUAUAAGUCAGCAGGACUAGACUCAGUUCAUAAUGGUCAUUUAUACAAUCAGUGCUACUGGAGUUGGUGAAACAGUGGACUAAUGCCAAUGAUUUAAAUGCAAAAUGCACUUCUUAAUGUACAACAUAACCACAGAACAAAGGAAAUUGUUGUUUGAUCUAUGGCUUGUACUACUGAUAUUUAUUUAUUAUUCAACUGUAGACAAACCAUAGCUUUUGAAAAGUUUCCUUCCCAAAUUCUCAUUGCUGCCUAAAAUUGGACAUUCAUUAUUCAUUCCAAAUUGCCUUGAGAGGGUGAUGAAAGCUAUCACCUGGAUUAGCUGGAAUGACCCCACUGUAAGAGAUUUUAAAAAAUGAUUAUUUUCUUUGCAGCUUGCCAUGUCAGAGGGUUAACAGAGCACUAAACUCUAUUACCACUGACCAUUAUUACGAUCGACCUAGAAAAUAAUUAAUGGUUUAUUCAAAGUGCUGAGUCUUCAAUUUAUCAGUCUGAUGGAACCAUGUUUACAGAAAAUACUGACAAGGUUCCCGUAAUCAACAUAACUAUUGUUUAUUGCAAAUAAAUAAUUCUAGUCACUAUCAACAUUUAACUCUACCAGUUGAAAUUCUAACUCCCUCUUCAAAGCCAUUACAUACAUAGAAAAAUUAAUUGGAGACAUCUGGAACUUCUGUAAAGCUUGCGGGGGUGUGGGUAGGAGGCACCCAUAGCUUAGAGAAGGAGACUUGUGGGUUUCAGCUUUUAAAUUGAUUGGGGCAGUCCUGUGAAGUAUUUAUGAUAUGGUGGUUAUAAAGACACGUGCUUCCGAGAAGGGAACAAUAUAUAGUGAAUUUGGUUACAUUAGAUUGAAGAGUGUUAGUCCCAGAUCAGAAGUGUUGGGAGAAAACCCUGAAGAGGUUACUUAAAAUUGAAUAUGUUUAAGCAGGUGUCUGAUACUCCAGUCUAAAUGUUGAAGUGACAAAUGACUUAAAACUACUGAGGGAUUCUGGUGUACUAUUUUAUGAGUGGUGUUAUGAGUACUCACCAGGGGCUACGUUUUGGUUAUGAUUAGAUUAAAUUCCCUACAGUGUGGAAACAGGCCCUUUAGCCCAACAAGUCCACACUGCCUCUUGAAGCAUCCCACCCAGACCCAUCCCCCUAUAACCCACAGACCCCUGAACACUAUGGGCAAUUUAGCAUGGCCAAUCCACCUAGCCUGCACAUCUUUGGACUGUGGGAGGAAACCAGAGCACCCAGAGGAAACCCACGCAGACACUGGGAGAAUGUGCAAAUUCCUCAGAGACAGUUGCCCGAGGCUGGAAUUGAACCUGAGUCCCUGGUGCUGUGAGGCUGCAGUGCUAACCACUGAGCCACCGUGCCACCCCAAGCUGUUGAUUCAAAGCUGUUCUGUUUCUUUUUGAUUUAUAAAGGACUGUUUUAGGAUAAAUAGGAUUAUAGUUUUACUAUUUGUUUAAAAAUCC